AUGUUUCCCUUCGCCAGAAGUGCACUAAGUAGUCUCAAGAUUCGAACCAUUCAGCAAAGUAUGGCGAGACAGAGCCAUGCAAAACACUCACCAGAUUUUCAUGAUAAAUAUGGUAAUAUUGUGCUUGCCAGUGGAGCCACUUUCUGUGUGGUUGCGUGGGUGUUCACAGUCACACAGAUUGGAAUAAAAUGGAACCCAUCCCCUAUUGGCAGAGUUACCCCAAAAGAGUGGAAAGAUCAGUAACCAUCACAGUUGCUGUAAUACAAAAUUGUUCCA